AAGGCUAAGGACAUUUUCAAAAAUACCACUUUCAUUAGUGAGCAAAAGACAAUAAUAUCCUUACCUUAUCUUCUUCUCCACCAUCAGUUUCUCUCCCUCUCUCCGAGUCCCCGUCGUCUCUCUCUCACCGUCGAGUCACCGUCGUCUCUCUCUCCUUCUGGCGUCUCUCUCUCUCACCGUCUAGUUCCGGUGUGUCUCUCUCACCGUCGAUCUCUCUCACCGUAGACUUCCGGCGACGAAAUCGAUUCAAAAUCUCCAAGAUGUUGACUCCUAUACGUGAUUCACAACUUGUAUGUCUCUAAUUUCUGUAUUUGUUUGUUCUCUAAUUUCUGUAUUUUUUGUUUGAUUCGAUUUUGUGAUUUCUCUUAUCGAAAAAUCAAACAAGGUUUUCUUAGAUAUCUCAUUUAAAGAGGUCGAUCUAAGAGAAACUGAUUUGAUAGUGAAACGUUGAGAGUGAAAACAUUGAGUAUUUGAAAACUUAAAUCUGGUUUUGGAGUCAUAUUAAGAUUGAUCUGAAUGGUUUCGGCUAAGAAAGAGAUUUUCCGAUAGUGAAAACUGCAUAUUAAAGAAGAGAUAAUUUACGAUAGUGAAAACUGAAUAUUAAAGAAUUAUAACCCCUUAUAAAUCUGGGUUUCAUGAGAUUGUUGAUAAAUACAACUCAAUGAUUUAUAAGUAAAGAAAAAAGAUGCAUGAAACAAAAGUCAUAGGUACAAAAGUCACAAAUCAAGAAGCCAUGGCAAACAUGAAGACUAAGUUUAUGGCUUUAUGGGAUGGGUUUUCUACUGAUCCGAAUGCGAGGGUGAUGGUACUUGCUGCAACAAACAGACCAUCAGAGUUUGAUGAACCAAUAAUGAGGAGUCUUCCUCAAGCCUUUGAGAUUGGAAUGUCUGAACGUAAGGAGAGAGCUGAGAUAUUGAAAGUGACGCUGAAGGGAGAGAGGGUGGAGCCUGAUAUUGACUACGAUCACUUAGCUUGUCUAUGCGGAGGCUACACCGGAUCAGACAUCUUUGAGCUCUGCAAGAAAGCAGCUUACUUCCCUAUCAGAGAAAUCCUAGAGGAAGAGAGAAAAUGGAGACCAUGUCCUCUAAGUUUCAUAUGAAAAUGUCCAAUGCUGUUGCAUUCACCAAAUUUGCAAGUGUUGAUGUUGUGAGUUGCUAUCAUUUUGUUUGUCAGGUACCUAGGACAUUGUCACAGUUGGAUUUGGAGAAAGUUCUUGCUACGUCGAAGAAGACGCUAGUUGCAGCAGGCGAGUAUUGUGGAUUGAGAUGGUCAAGGGAACCAGAUGAGUUGGAAGCAGCUACUUUGUGUAUUUUUUUUUGUUUGAAGAAAUUCAACGAAGGUAGGUUUAGAACAUGUCGAUUUAAGGGAAAGAGUUUCAAUAGUAAACAUUGAAUUUUCGAAAAAUUAUAAACCUUUAUAAA